CAUGGAUUACUCCGGAUAGUCGAGAACGGCACCAGCGCCUAUGCGUAGCACUGACCAUACGGACACCCCUUGCAGCUCGGCCCUUGUUGGCAACCUGGCCCCUUGCACGGGUUGAUGCAGUCGUACAAUCAGCAGCCCCAGUGCUAUUUCACGUUAGCGUCAUCAUCCAUGUCAAAUCCACACAGAAACAGGAACAAGGGAAUUUGCCUUCAUGCACUCCUCCCCGUCGUGUUGGCACUUGUUGCAAUCAGGGGCCGUGACGACGGUGGUGUCCCUGGAAGUAGUGUCGACGUUGGCGUUGGCGGACUCGACGGCGUUGGAGGUGGAUGGGCAGACGUACUCGCCCUUCACCGGGUCGAACGUGCAGAUGGGGACAUUCGUGGGCGCGACUGCAGCGGCAACACCCUCUGCCGUGGUGGUGGUGGUGGUGAAGGUGGGCGAUGCCGUGGCCAUGGCGGCGAGGAGGGUGGUGAUGGCGACGAAGGACUUCAUCUUGUCGGUGGAUGUCGUGUGAUGUAGAGUUGAGAAGCAGGUGAUGGGAAGAAAUGUGGUGGAGAAGUUGCGUUGGAGUACGGAGGCUUUUUGUGUAGAGAGAGGGGGCGCGGGGAAGGUGGGAGAGAGGUUCCUUCACCGCACGGCUGGGGAUUUCAGGGCCCGGUGUGUGGCGGCGUUGCAAACGGUGACUUGGG